AUGUUCAACCUGUGGUCGAACAACUCAUCCACCAUCACGUCGAACAACGCAGUAAACCCGGUUCCCUUGGGACUACCAGCCCUCGCAGGAUCUCCCCUUCUCCAGUACGACCGAGCAGACCGUUGCUUCGUCACCACCACAAGAAGGACUCCCAUCUAUCCUCGAGGCGGCUCCUGGGUUCGCGCAGAAGGUUCCAACCCGCAGAUUGUCGCCCACCAACAGCUCGUCAGCUAUUACCAGAGACACCCUCCCGCUCACCCAGAAGACGUAUUCGCCAUCCUACGAAUCAACGUUGAACCAGCACAAACAACAGAGAACCUACAGUCACCUGUUAACGAACAACCGUUCGAGCUCCCGGACGUUGAUAGGCGCCGAGCCCCGCUGGGCCCCGAUACACCUCUUUCCGGCACUUCGACUCAGUCUCCCAACAGUUCGAUUUCGCCUUCGACGCUCUUCGACACCUUCGACGAUGCGCGACGCUCACUCGAAGCUCGGCACGGUCGUCCCGAUGCCUCGCGCGUAGAUCCCGGAACAUCUCCCGCAUUCGGCGAACAAUAG